AUGAUGAAUGAACUUCAGCCUUCACCUCAGCAGUACGCAGCUGAGAACGUUUCUAUGAAUACUCAAUCAUAUUUUGAUCAGCUUGAUUCCAGUGAUUCGUAUCAAAACACUUCGCAGUCACCGCCGAUUGGAUUAUCACCGAAACAACUGUAUCCCAGCACGGACCAGGCACCAGCAGUUAUUCGGACAGCUACAAAAAUUGUGCGUAAAGUGGUCACCACUGUUGGCAGUCAACCAAUGCAGGAUGAAAGAAGUGUUGACUAUUUUCUGGACAAAGCUCAGAGUUUGCCAGAAACAUCGAAUUUAUCUUCGAGGAUCACGCGUAAUUUAGGUUAA